AUGUCUGGCGCGUUGGAAGGCAUCUAUGAACCGGGCGUCGUCGACCCUGGCUAUCCAUCAUCAAACGGUACUGUUCCGUUCUGGCAUUCUGAACCACAUCCUCGAGCCGACCAUCAAUCCGAAUGGCCGUCGAAUACCGCUGAUGUAGCCGUCAUCGGUGCUGGUCUUACUGGCAUGAAUCUGGUUCGUACCCUGUUAAAGAAAAAGCCAGGUAUACGCAUCGUAUUGUUGGAUGCCAGAUCUCUCUGCUCCGGCGCUACAGGCCGCAACGGUGGUCAUUGCAAAACCAUGACGUUUGCCAUGUGGGAAGAGAGAAAGCACUCCUUUGGUAUUGAAGAAGCUGUGCGAAUCUCAGCUUUUGAGCAUGCUCACCUUGAAGCCAUGGCCAAUGCUAUCCGCGAGGACGGCAUUGAUUGUGAUUUGGUUCUCACACAGGGUAUUGAGGCUUAUUAUGACCAGAAGGAUUUCGAGAAAGCUGUUGUUGGCCUCGAAGACAUGCGCGCUCAUGCACCCCAUCUUGCGGAUAAACAUACUAUCCAUACAGAUCGAUCCUAUCUUCGGGACGUUCUCAAACUAUCAUCCCGUGCUGUCGGUGCCAUCGCCAUCCCAGCAGCUUCCAUGUGGCCUUAUAAGUGGAUCACUGGCGUUCUUGGGCCUCUCAUUGAUCAGAACAAGAUUAACGUGCAGACACACACACCUGUCACGUCUAUCAUCGACCAGCCCCAGGAUGAAUACGCCACUGUCGUAACUUCACGAGGCACUGUUCGAGCCAAGCACGUUAUCCACGCAACCAACGCCUGGCUUGGCCGCUUGUUGCCCGAGCUUAGACCAUUCAUCUCACCUGUCAGAGGCAAUGUCUUGUCAUAUGCUCCGACACCUGGUGGCAAGUCUCCUUUGGGACUUGGAAGUGAUUAUUCGAUUUGGCUGCGGUACGGUAUCAAGGACUACGACUACCUUAUUCAACGCAAGGACGGGCGUGCAAUUGUCGGGCGGGCAAAUACGGGUCGCAAGGCCGUGGGAGAUGAUAGCGAGACCGAUCUGAGCCCUCUGUCACAUCUGAGAGGUUUUCCUCAUGAGGCUCUUGUCGCUCCUGAUGCAGACGCUGCGACCAAGGUAUCUCAUGUGUGGUCCGGCAUCUUGGCUUUCUCUCAAGAUGGCAUUCCCUUUGCUGGUCGCUUGCCUUUUCUAGGACGUAGCCACCAAUGGGUGUGCGGAGGAUAUCAUGCCACGGGUAUGAUUAAGGCAUUUCUCACUUCACAGGCAGUGGCUGGGAGUAUCCUAGGAGAGGGUGCAGACGAGAGUUUCCCGAAAUCCAUUUUUGUGACUGAUAAGAGAAUUCGGCAGUUACGAAUUUCGCUAGAAGAGGGAAAGCCUAUAUUAGCUAAGGCACAUUUAUGA